AUGAGCGAUACCGACAACAGCCAGUCAGAAAGCUCAGUAGAAGAGGCUACAAAGAAAAGAAAAAGAGGUGUUAGAAAUGACGAAAAUUACCAAAGGAAUGUUAUUAAGAAGUCCAGAGUACAGGGAAAGGCUUACGUUAAUUACAAGGGAAAUGCUGUAGCAGCAAGACAGCUUGGAGAUGGAUGUCGUUGCCCAAUGAAAUACUUUGAAAAAUUGAACGAUGAUAAGAAAAUUGAACUUCUUAAUCGGUUUCAUUCGCUUAACUCUAAAGAUGAUCAGGACAUAUAUUUGCAAGGCCUUUUAGAAGUAGUUGAUGUUAAAAGAAGAUCUAAACUUCAAAAUCCAGAGAACGCAAAUGAAAAAACUUGUUCCUUUCAUCAUUAUGUGCCCAUUGAUGGCAAGCGAAGAAAGGUGUGUCAAAAGGCAUUUCUUAGUUUGUUCAGUGUUGAAGAGAACAACAUGCUAAUUCGUCAGCAUAUUGAGUCCUUUCCUGUUAAGGAAACUCACUACAGCAAUAAAACCUACCUAUACCUUGAUGCUAAACUUAAUAUGAAAAUUAUGUUUGAUAUGUUCAAAGUAAAAUAUCCAACAACCAAAAUUCGAUAUUCUUACUUUGUGAAGUAUUUUCAUGAGCACUUUGAUCUUCAUUUUGGCCGUCCACAAGUUGACACUUGUUGCAAGUGUGAAGAACUUGAUCUUAAAAUAAAAAGUCCUUCGCUUGGAGAUGCAUCUAAAAGAGCAGCAGCUGCCGAACUAGCGGUUCAUAAACGAAGAGCAAAAAAGUUUUAUUGGUCACUAAAGCAAUCUACUGAUGAGUGCAAGAUUCGUGACGACUUGGCAGUAAUAACUUUUGACUACAUGCAAAAUUUACACUUACCUGAAGUUCCAGUCCAAGACUUAUUUUAUUUAACACAGCUAACAGUCAAUAUUUUUGGUAUACACAACUGUAAGACAGACAAGGCAUUCUUUUAUGUUUACCAUGAAGGUAUUACCAGUAAGGGACCCAACGAUGUAUGCUCGUUUCUGUGGGAUUACAUUCAACGAGAAAUUCCAGAAAAUGUCCAAGAAUUACGUCUUUAUAGUGAUAAUUGUCCCGGACAAAACAAAAAUCAUACCAUGGUACGUAUGUGUGCAGCAUUAGAUUCAAAAAAGUUGAACAAUUUUUUCCUAUCAGAGGGCAUUCCUUCUUGCCUAAUGACCGAGAUUUUGGUGUCAUCAAACGGCGUUUGA